CCCUGCAGCGCCAUCUCCCGUCUCUGUCAUCAAUUCUUUCUUCUCCUCCAACCCACUCUUUUCACAACUACGAAGUGAAAGAGCGCCCACCUCUCCCUUCCUAAAACAACUCUACUCUCUCCCCCCCGAACCCCCAAAAAAAAUCAUCCAAAAUGGUUAACUUCACCGUUGACGAGAUCAGGGCCUUGAUGGACAAGCCCACCAACAUCCGAAACAUGUCGGUUAUUGCCCACGUCGACCACGGUAAAUCCACCCUUACCGACUCUUUGAUCUCCAAGGCUGGUAUUAUCGCCAACGCCAAGGCCGGUGAGAUGCGAUUCACCGACACUCGUCAGGACGAGAUCGACCGAGGAAUUACCAUCAAGUCUACUGCCAUCACCAUGUACUUCCCCCUCGACCCCGAGGAUGUCAAGGACGUCAAGCAGAAGACUGACGGUAACGAGUUCUUGAUCAACUUGAUCGACUCUCCUGGUCACGUCGACUUCUCUUCCGAAGUCACCGCCGCUCUCCGUGUCACUGACGGUGCCCUUGUCGUUGUCGACUGUGUUGAGGGUGUCUGUGUCCAGACCGAGACCGUUCUCCGACAGUCUUUGACCGAGCGAGUCAAGCCCGUCCUUAUCAUCAACAAGGUCGACCGAGCUCUCCUCGAGUUGCAGGUUUCCAAGGAGGACCUUUACCAGUCCUUCUGCCGAACCAUCGAGUCCGUCAACGUCAUCAUCUCCACCUACACCGACGAGGCUCUCGGAGACUCCCAGGUCUACCCCGAGCAGGGUACCGUUGCCUUUGGUUCCGGUCUCCACGGUUGGGCCUUCUCCCUCCGACAGUUUGCCGGCCGAUACGCCAAGAAGUUUGGUGUCGACAAGUCCAAGCUUAUGCCCAAGCUUUGGGGUGACAACUUUUUCAACGCCAAGACCAAGAAGUGGUCCAAGUCUGCCGACAACGGUGGUGAGCGUGCUUUCAACAUGUUUGUCCUCGACCCCAUCUUCCGUCUUUUCGACGCUAUCAUGAACUUCAAGAAGGAGGAGAUCCCUACCCUCCUCGAGAAGCUCGAGAUCAAGCUCAACAACGAGGAGAAGGAGCUCGAAGGCAAGCAGCUCUUGAAGGUUGUGAUGAAGAAGUUCCUUCCCGCCGGUGACUCUCUUCUCGAGAUGAUUGUCAUCAACCUCCCCUCCCCCGUCACUGCCCAGCGAUACCGAGUCGAGACCCUUUACGAGGGUCCCAUGGACGACGAGUCCGCCAUCGGUAUCCGAGACUGUGACCCCAAGGGUCCCUUGAUGGUCUACGUCUCCAAGAUGGUUCCCACCUCCGACAAGGGUCGAUUCUACGCUUUCGGUCGAGUCUUCUCUGGUACCGUCGCUUCCGGCCCCAAGGUCCGUAUCCAGGGCCCCAACUUUGUCCCCGGUAAGAAGGAGGACUCUGUCAUCAAGUCUAUCCAGCGAACCGUCCUCAUGAUGGGUCGAUCUACCGAGGCUAUCGAGGACUGCCCUGCCGGUAACAUUAUCGGUUUGGUCGGUGUUGACCAGUUCUUGCUCAAGUCUGGUACCCUCACCACCUCCGAGACCGCCCACAACAUGAAGGUCAUGAAGUUCUCCGUCUCCCCCGUCGUGCAGGUCGCCGUCGAGUGUAAGAACGCUGCCGACCUUCCCAAGCUUGUCGAGGGUCUCAAGCGUCUCUCCAAGUCUGACCCUUGUGUCAAGGUCAUGAUGGGUGACUCUGGUGAGAUCAUUGUCGCUGGUGCUGGUGAGCUCCACUUGGAGAUCUGCAUCAACGACCUCGAGAACGACCACGCCGGUAUCCCCCUCCGAAAGUCUGACCCCGUCGUCGGCUACCGAGAGACCGUCACCGCCGAGUCUUCCAUGAUUGCGCUUUCCAAGUCUCAGAACAAGCACAACAGGCUCUACGUCAAGGCCGAGCCCCUCGGUGAGGAGCUCACCAGGGACAUUGAGGAGGGCAAGGUCGCCCCCCGAGACGACCCCAAGACCCGUGCCCGAUACCUCGCCGACACCUACGGCUGGGACGUCACUGACGCCAGGAAGAUCUGGUGUUUCGGUCCCGACACCACUGGUCCCAACGUCUUUGCCGAUGGUUCCAAGGCUGUUCAGUACAUGAACGAAAUCAAGGACUCUUGUGUUGCUGCCUUCCAGUGGGCUACCAAGGAGGGUGGUAUCGCUGAGGAGCCCAUGCGAGGUAUCCGAUACAACAUCCUCGACUGUACUCUUCACGCCGAUGCUAUCCACCGAGGUGGUGGUCAGAUCAUCCCCACUGCCCGACGAGUGUGUUACGCUGCCCAGCUUCUUGCCUCUCCCGCUUUCCAGGAGCCCAUGUUCUUGGUCGAGAUUGCCGUUCCCGAGUCUGCCCAGGGUGGUGUCUACUCUUGUUUGAACGUCCGACGAGGUCACGUCUUCUCCGCUGAGCAGAGGCCCGGUACCCCCAUGUACACCCUCAAGGCUUACUUGCCCGUUUCCGAGUCUUUCGGUUUCAACGCCGACCUUCGUGCCGCUACCGGUGGUCAGGCUUUCCCUCAAGCUGUGAGUUUACGUAAUCCUUUGUCUGGCCGCGGACGGAAGCAAAUUGUUGCGCCAUGCUUCUCUUUCUUCCGCGCCGCGUACUAUGCUUUCUGGCCUCCUUCUUUUCAUUGUAUAGCAUGCUGACGCCUCUUCUACGCAGGUAUUCGAUCACUGGGAGGGUACAGCGCGAAAAUUUACGUAAAAAGAAUGCUUGCUAACGAUCCCCACAGAGCUCAACUCCGACCCCACCGAGGUCGGAUCCAAGACCAACUUGCUCGCUGUGCAGAUCCGAACCCGAAAGGGUCUCAAGCCCGACGUGCCUCCUCUCGACUACUACUACGACAAGCUCUAAUCGGGUUGUUGUUGAACAAGUUGGAAAGGUGGUGGAGUUGUACGAGCAGUGCUCAGAUUGGAGAUGCAUUGUUGAUAUAUUGGAUUCACUUUCUUCUUUUUCGGGCUUAUGCUACUCUUGUGAUUUGCAGCUUUUUCCGCAACUGUUUGGGAGGAGGGUGUGCUCUGUACAUGUGUAACGGAUGACUGGCCAGAGGAUGGAGAAGCUUUGGCCGGAAGCGCUGGCUCGACCGACCCCCUUCCGAUCCGACCAACGGCGAAAUGAUAGCUUUCGCUCGCAAACGAGAG